GGAGCAUUUAGUAGACACACUCCUUCACUCAGUCACUCUCCCCUAGCCAGUGACGUCCACCCCUGCAAACAUUUGCUGCCUGCCAGGCCCCCUCCUCUCAGCCACGAUGACCCGCACCCUCUGCUUGAGCUCCCUCCUCCUCCUGCUGCUGCUGUCCCUCUCCUGUCCCGCUCGUGCCGAACCUCGGCGGACCAUGUCCUCUCAGCUCAGGGUGGCUCGCGCACCAGCUGCCAAGGUGCGUUUGGCGGGCAACUUUGCGCGAGAAGAGUACGAAGGGCGCGUGGAGGUGCUGCACAACAACACCUGGGGGACAGUCUGCGAUGAUGAAGUGGACAUCAAGAUGGCCAACGUGGUGUGCCGAGAGCUCGGUUUCCAGAGCGGUGUAACGUGGGCACACAGCGCUAAGUAUGGAGAAGGAGCGGGCCCAAUAUGGAUGGAUAAUGUGCGCUGUGACGGGUCAGAGAAGUCCUUGAAGGACUGCAAACACAAUGGUUGGGGCGUGAAUGACUGUAAACACUCUGAAGACUUGGGUGUGGUGUGCAACCCUGAGCGCAGGCUUGAUCAAACAGCAAGUAGAGACUACACCACUGCCACCAGGCCCAAUGGUGGCUCCGCACCUCAGUGGCAGGGCCCCGUGGCCAUCCGCAGGCAUCCAGGAUAUGGCUAUUAUGGAAAUGGACAUCAAGCUGAGAUCCCCAGGUUCCAAAGACAUCACCAGGGUCACAGUAAGGUGCAAAUUGAGGAAGUCCGUCUUCGUCCCAUCCUCAUGGCUACCAAGAAGAAGAGCCUGAUCACAGAGGGUGUGGUGGAAGUGAAGCAUGCUGGGAGAUGGAGACAGGUUUGUGACCUGGGUUGGAGUCUCAACAGCAGUCUAGUUGUGUGUGGGAUGCUCGGCUUUCCAGACGCUACUCAGCACAAUGUCAAAACAUACAAGAAAAUAUGGGAUACCAAGGUUGCAGAUCCUUCAACAAGAUUGAGCAUCAUGUCAAAGAAGAAGGGAUUCUGGGUAGAAAAAAUUCACUGUCUGGGCACUGAGAACAACCUUUCAGAGUGCCAUUCUAAGCUGUCAAUCCCCCGUAGUCCCACUCCUUGUAAGAAUGGGAGACAUGCAGUGGUCAAGUGUGUGCCAGGACCUCAGUUUGCUCGCAUCUCCUCAGGAAGACCCCAGGCCCCCUAUCCAGUUGUGCCUGUGCGUCUGAAGGCUGGCCCCAGGCUUGGUGAGGGUCGUGUGGAGGUACUCCGAGACGGAAAAUGGGGGACCAUCGUGGACCACAUGUGGGAUAGACCUGCUGCCAGUGUGGUGUGCAGAGAACUGGGCUUUGGUUCUGCCAAGGAUGCCCUGCAUGGAGCUUUUAUGGGUCAAGGUACCGGACCUAUCCAUAUGAACAGCGUCCAGUGUAUGGGGUCAGAGCGCUCCAUCUUAGACUGCUACUUUCAGGAAGUCCAACCGUGGACAUUCAAACACAGCCAGGAUGCCUCAGUACGCUGUAACGUCCCAAAGACCGGAAUGGAGAACACGGUGCGACUUUCUGGUGGUAGAGUCCCAUCAGAAGGCCGUGUGGAAGUGUUGAUGGAGGUUGGAGGUCGUAAGCGUUGGGGCUCUGUCUGUAGUGAGAACUGGGGCAUCAACGAGGCAAUGGUGUUAUGUAGACAACUCGGCAUGGGCUUCGCUGCAAGUGCUCAUCAGGAGACCUGGUACUGGCCAGGUGACCCAAAUGCAGCUGAUGUGAUUCUCAGUGGAACUCACUGUGUGGGCACAGAAUUUUCAAUUCAGCAGUGUCGCCGCAACAACCAUGUCCAUUGUCCUCGAGGAGGUGGGACUAAGGCAGCUGGGGUCAGCUGUUCAGACACGGCACCUGACCUCGUCCUGGAUGCCCAGCUGGUCCAGGAAACAGCCUACCUGGAGGACCGACCCCUUCACCUGCUGACCUGUGCCAAUGAGGAGAACUGUCUGUCCUCGUCUGCUGCCCGGAUGAAUUGGCCUUAUGGCCACCGACGCUUGCUGCGCUUCUCCUCCCGUAUCAUGAACCUUGGUCGGUCCGAUUUCAGACCCAAAGCAACAAGAGAGAGCUGGACAUGGCACCAGUGUCACAGGCACUACCACAGUAUCGAGGUGUUCACACAUUACGACCUGCUGACUCUGAAUGGCACGAGGGUUGCAGAGGGACACAAGGCCAGUUUCUGUUUAGAGGACACGUAUUGCCCUGAUGGACUCCAGAAGCGGUUUCUCUGCUAUAACAUGGGUGAUCAGGGUAUUGUGGGCUGCUGGGAUACAUAUCGCCACGAUAUCGACUGUCAGUGGAUUGACGUGACAGAUGUACGGCCAGGAGACUACAUCUUCCAGGUGGAAAUCAACCCCUCAAUGGACAUGGCUGAGUCUGACUUUAUGAACAAUGUCAUGAGAUGUCGAUGCAAAUAUGAUGGCCACAGAGCUUACAUGUAUGGAUGUCAUGCAGGUGAUGCAUACAGCGCAGAGAUUGAGGACCUGUUUGAGCACCAGAGGCAAAUCACCAACAACUUUGUGUAGCCAAUCCCAGGGCCCAGUGCGAAGGCCUUCCAGUGGGGCUCAGAGACUACUCAGGGUGGGCUGAGGUCGAUGGCCCCACGCCCUUGGGACCUUAGGACCCACAAUAACAAACAACAAUGGUGUCUGCUAACCUCCUUGGCAGAUGUGGAUAAAUAUUCUUAAGUGCAUCAUAUUACAGCAGCGACCAUUGCAGAGACCCUAUUGACAACAAGAAUGGAACAAGUGCCAAACGGCUAAACAAGUUAUUUACUCUAGGACAGUAAGAAGAUAUUGGAUAUUCAAACUCAUACAGAUUUUUGUGAAUGUGGACGGCUAGUCACUUAAAUUAGUUAUUCAAAACGUGUAAGUAUGAAAAACCUCAAUGUUGCUGUAACUAAUCUGUCACAAAGGCAACAAGGAGGCUGGUGCUGUGGGGAAAUCUCAUUCCCAAUUUAGAAGAUAUGAAAAUCUGAGACAAAAUUGUAAUAUUUUGAGUUUGCAUAAUUUCUGUUGCAAAAGGCCAAUUUAAUGUACAUGUAGCAUAAGCACUACAUUUGCUCUGUUGGCAUACAUUUUACACAAAUUCUUUACUUAUUAAAUUGUGUAACUGUUGCGCCUUUACAUAACUUAAAUAUUGGUGCUCUUAAACAAUACUGUAUGUCGGUAUAAUAAUCUUACUAUGUUUCAGUUUUAUAAAAGUGUAGUCGUGCUACAAGGUUUUGCUUCUCAUCUAGAAUAGGUAAGAAGAGGUCAAAUGAUUUUUUUAUGGAACAAAGCACUUUAUCUUUUAAACAGCAGUAUUCUAGUUUUGCCCCAAUACUUGUUUUUUUUAGCUACCAAAUUGACUUCUUAGGGUGUUUAUCUAAAAAUACAUUUCAGAACGUUGUAAAGAAACUGCCACACACUGUCUAACUUGCUGUCAACGUUUGGGGUGACCUCGAGCUCACCCAGUAAGAGCAUGCGCCCCAUGUAAGCUGAGGCCUUUGCAGCGGCCCGUAUUUGAAUCCGACCUGCGGCCCUUUGCUGCGUGUCAUCCCCAUCUCUCUCCCACCUUUCCUGUCUUUCUACUGUCACUCUGAAAAAAAGAAGAAAAAAAUAUAUAUAUAGCUGGCAACGUUUCAGUACUAAAACGUCCUCAGGCUGAAAGAGCUCCAAUACCAAAACGUUUUUUAAGCUCGCGGUUAUAUCGUCAGCUAUUACAUUUAAUUUGACAAGUCAGACAGUGUGUGGGAGUUUCUUUGCAACUUUUGAUCUACUUGUCCCUCUCCGACCUACCUGUCUCACCUUAUACAUGUGUGAAGUAUUUUUUUCUGUUCUACAUUUCAAAAAGUGAAAUAUAAGGUUUGUGUUUAGUUUUCAUUAAUAAUAUACUAUUUAUGCUGUAACUUUAUUUAUUCACUGUUUCACACAUACACAGCAUGCUCAGUAAAGAGUUUGUUAGCCAGCGCUUAAUUAACAAUGCGGAAUACCUUUUUGUUUUUUUUCUGGUAAUUAACCAGGACAUAGUAUUAGAACUUUCCCAUGAUGCAGAUAUAUCAUUUUUUAUUUAUUUUAUUUUAGUUAUUAAAACAACUGGACAGUUUGUUCUUUUCCAGCCUCUCUAAUGGAAGGGACAAAACCACAGUAUUGUGGCAGGCAGGCAGAGAGGCUGGGAUUUGAGAGCAUAUAAAAAAAAACCUUUUAAUUACAUCUGUUUGGGUUAGACAUAAGGUUAUGCUUAAGGUUAGGGCUAUAGCAUGUGCUUUAUAAAGAAAACUAUGGAGUUGUUAUUUAUGGAAUUACGGAAAGAGCGAGAAUCUGAAUUUUCACCUUAACACAAACUACAACAAUGAUUGUGAGUUUCUGAGAGAUUUAGUCAGGUAGACUGUGAUUGAAAGAAUGAUUGCGUAAGAAUGACAGAAAGAGAGAAAGGGAUGAAGUUUGGAGAAAGACUUCUGCAGACAUGCAGUUUUUACUAGCAGAGCUGUCUUUUUGUAGGCAGCCAUACAGAGACCACAAGCUGGCCUUUUCAGUUCCCCAACGAGAACAACAUGUUUGUCUGGGAGAAUAAAUAAACUCCUCAAUUCACGCUUCAACUCAGUAAACAGUGGCCUUAUUUUUACUAAAGCGGGGCUGCUAAAAUAUACUGUUUCUCUCUAUCCUUUCUUUGCUAACAUUUAGCUCCACACCAAACAAUGAUGCAACUUAAUUUUCUUUACAGCAUGGAACUUGUGUUAAUCAUGUUGUUUUACCCCAAUAAUGUGUUUGAUGUGUUUGGCUUAAUUUCUUAGUGGUUAAACGGGUUAAGAUGGUUUUCUAAUGGCCAGUUUCCAGGACAUGUUGUGGAAAGGACAAGUCACUCAUAAAGACAACUGUAGACUUAAUUUCUUUAGCACAUUGUCACACUGGAAGGCUUAGAAAGAAUACAUAGUUUUUUUUGAAUAACUUUUGAAAAUUAUGCACAUCUGGCCAAACACAGUCAGCCCUAUUACUAAAAACUGUUGGGGAUACAAAUGUUAGAAGAUAGACCUGAAAGUCUAAAACAAGUGUUUGCUGAUUUGCUUUGCUAUUGUUUUGUGCUUCUGUACAGUUGCUAAUGACAUAUUAUGGUCUGUUCUGUUUGUUAUUUAAAAUUAUAUGCCAUUCCAUAUCUUAAGUUGGUUCAUAUUUACCACUCUCAUCAAAUUACUGUGUUGUACCCAUGCUAUAGGCAGAGCACUGGGACAUCUCCAGGGCCAGUUAUGCUUUUAUUUUGUCUUUAAAGCUGAGAGUGUGAGCUACAUGGUGCUUAUCUACAAUUAUAUUUAGAGAAAGCUGUGCUCUCAGGGACUUUAACCUCAUCUAAAGAGAAAAAAUACUGUUUCAUGUGAUGUGAUUUGGGUUGCUUUUAGCUGUGAUGCAUACACUCUUACAAAAAAGUAAUUUUUACACACAUAAGUUAACUAACUUAUGUAUCUAACUGUUGAUAGACACUGGCUGAGUCAGGGGCAAAUUUCAGUUAAAGACCAAAUCACAAUCCAUUUAUUCAUCAUUACUGUGAAUCAAUAAAACUUCAUCAUAUA